AUGGUCACAAAAUUAACUUUUAAAGGAGAAAAAAGAGGCAAACCAAGGCCGGAUGAUGAACGAAAAAGGCGCAAAAAGGAUACCAAAACUGAAAAUCAAGAGACUCGUGUGACUUUGACCUCAGUUAAUGGACUUCCCACCAAUAUAUAUGAUAUUCCUAGAGAUUAUCUAGAGUAUGGCUGGACGUUGGCGACAUCGCACAAAGAUCUAGAUGGACCUAUUAUGAUUUGCUUUGACCGUUCUGGUCAUGUUGGGUGUCUUGAAUUCGACAAGAAGGAUGGCCUCAUUGCAGCAGAGGAAAAGAAAGUGGAUAUAGCGGAAGAUGCCCUCAACUUUAUCGACUUUGAGCCCAAAUCGCCGCUGUAUAAGCUUGAGCCACAGGAAGUAACUCAGGUAUUAAGUUUGGUGAACAUUGACAACUUCCUCAAAUUAACACAGCAAGCUGGUGAUGUUCCUGACAAUAUUCUAAAGUAUGCGCUGAAGAACAACGAGGGGAAGUACCUAUCCUACGAUGUGGAUACUAAUACAUUGACUCAGACCGAUGUUUUGACUGAGAACGCUAUAUUCAAUUUGCGGGCUAAUAAUGACGGCCUUGGGUUUUUUAUUUCCGUGGGGAACGUGGACUCCAAGAAUAAACUGAUAGUUACGCAGGAUCUCAAGUUUAGAAUAAUUCAAGACACCGAUGAUUUGCUUGAUGACUUAAACCUUUAUCAUAUUCGCAUUCAGACAAAGCACUCAGAUACUGGCAGGAAAAUCCUCGCUUCACUGGAUCUCAAAAAUGGGAAUCGAGAUCAGCUCUUCGAUGACCCAAAGCAGAACGAAUUGCUAAACAGAGCAGCCAAGGAGCUUGCCAACAAUGGUAUGAAAAUUACCAACUCACUAUUGUCCCAGAUCAAGCGCGCAGUUGAAGAAGGAAAUCUCAACGAGUUUCUCAUCACAGUGAAGGAAAAGAUCAAGUCCGAUCGGAGGGCAUAG